UGCAUCAGUGGGGUAGCUAAUUCUGAUGAGAAAGCCGCGCGGCGGUGAACCAGGCUUGUACUUGAAAUGUUUAAAACAUUCUAGCGGUUGCGAGAUUCGUGAUGCAACGUCCUCCAAUACUGAGGUUACUGUAUGUUUAUUUGAAAAGGUGUCUCAUGGCACCUUUGGCUCUCCUGUACUGCGAAUGGCAGGCGUAAAUUAAUCUUGAGGAAGAAAAGGACCAGCUUAAUAGCUACCGCGCAAGCCUGCACACGAUCGUACUGACGUCACAUCGCUGUAUAAUCUGCGCGCUCUCGCUUGCCGGUCUCGAAGACUGGGUUUUCCGAUGAUUUGCAUCGGUGGCAAGGGCAAAAGUUGACGUCCAUCACUGCGACGCCAGCAGUCACCGUGUGCCGAAGGAUACUCGUUGCCGCCGGUUUCAGCUGUUAUAGCGAUAAAGCACUCAGCUGUGACCAAAACCAGCAAGCCAUAAAUGAUGGAUCUCCAAGAAACGGCAAGACUCGAGCUCGGCGAAACACCAGAAAUCAAGAAGGAAUCUCUUGGACGUUUAUGUGAACUGAUAAGAGAGACACCAUCCCUGGACGUUCCUAACGAUGAAAAAUUCCUGGUCAUGUUUCUUCGCGUCAAAAAAUACAGAGUUGAAGAAGCCUUCAAGCUGUUUCAGAACUACGUCCGCGUCCGUCGAGACGUACCGGACUUUUUCAGAGACCUUACGCCAGCAAACGUACCACUCAGGAAAAUUGGCCACGAGAAUUAUCUGGUGAUGACCUCUGCGGACGGCGACGCACUUGGAAGAGGUGUUGCCCUCCUGAAGUUAGGUGCCUGGAAUUCUACCAUGUGUUCGUUCACUGAUUUAAUUAGAGGCGCAAUGGUUUUGACCAGCAGCUGUUUUUAUGAAGACAUCUCACAAAUUCAUGGAGUAGCGUGCAUUGUGGACUUGGAGGGACUUGGUUUUCAUCAUUUCAAACAACUAACUCCAUCGUUGCUGAUUAAGCUGGCUCACAUCACGCAGGACUGUGCACCGAUGCGAUUGAAGGCUUUGUACAUAAUCAACUACCCAUCUCCAUUCAAGGCCUUGUUUGAAGUCGUGAAACCUUUUAUAAAGCACAAGCUAUUAACAAGGAUUCACUUCAUUGGGGAAGACGUCUCGAAGCUUUGGGAGAUCUGUCCCCGUGAAAUGGUACCAGCAGAAUUUGGUGGCACGCGAGAGGAUUUCGACUACGACCGCCAAGAGGAGUCCGUACGCCGACUGACUGAUUUGUUCGAAGACUUGUGUCGUUUUGACUGCCCAGUGCACUGAGCCAUAUGUUAAGUCUAGAAGUUGUAGUUUCCCAUCGAGGAGAAGGAGCGUUUAUAAUUUUUUGGUACAUCAUAAUGACUAUUCUGUGUCAAUGCAAAACGAGUCAGAUCCAAUAAUGUCAAUGCGCAUACAGCGAGCCCUCUGUGGAACGCCUUCAACUUAUGGAGUAUUUACCUCCGCGUUGCCUUUAAAAAGGAAAUCACGUCUCACCGGUCCCGCUUUAUUUCAAAUACACUAUUUUUCUCUUAUAUCUCGUGUCGUCCCUCUCUUAUAUAGCGUCAUAAACAUACUUGCAAGAAGAAUGAGUUCGCAGAAGAGUGCCACCACAUUAUUUUCUAUCACUUGCCUACUGCACAGGGCAUAAGGGUACCAGUGAGGCCUCUGGCUACAUGGCAAGAAGCCAAUGCUGCUGUCAUAUACUGUAUUUUCCUGUUUAUAACGUGGCCUUUGCCCCCGAAUUUUCGUUGGUGCGUCUUAUACAAUGGUGCGUCAUAUAUGCAUAAAAAUAAGCGUGCUGGUGCGAACAGUAUACGCGCAUUUUUUCACGAGUACAAAAAACCUGCGCGGCAACAUUAUAAAAGUAUUCGAACCUUACUUUAACCAAAGUAUAAUCUAGUAACGAAGGUUUAAACUGUUAGCGAAGUUCUCAUAGUAGUCAACAUGUCUAGAAAGUGGCGCCGUCUGUCAACCGUCGUGAUCCGUGUGUCGUUCGGAGAACUUUUGCAAAAAAAAAAUCAUACAGAAGGGCUUCACAUCACACCCGGAAAUGAAAGUUACAGUGAGACGUUAUAUGGCUUGGCGCGAAUCUUUCAAUUUCUUAGGUUCGUCAAUUCGACAGCUACGCGAGCAGUUAUUUUUCAUCUCUGUGCUUGCACAUGGCCUCAGCUGAUGUGCUAUAGCGUAUCAUUAAACCGUAGGAGUGCCGGUAUCUAACGGUGAACAUAGUAAAGCUGUUAAGUGUGAAAGCUGCAAAGAUUAUGUUAAAAGGUUUCUCAAAUGUUCUAUAUUGAGACUGUGUGCUGGUCAUAUUACUUUUCUUCCAUGUAAACAUAUAUGUUUUGUUUAGUCGUGUAUAUUGAGUUCUUAAUUCUAGGCGAAUAAAAGUGGACUUCUGU